GCAGAGCACUCUGAAAUAAAAUCCAUAUUUGAGCUGAAUUUAAAUGAACCUGUCACUAGUAGUCUGACUAAAAAACAAUUAAUUCUAUUAAAAAAAUCUUCUUUUUCAAAGGAUUUGACGUGGUACGUGUCAUUCUACCUGCGCUUUUUCUACUGUUAUAUCCCCUUUUAUGGUUUCCUUGGUUCAGUGGCACUCAUCAUCUUUAUCAGGUUCCUGGAGAGUCACUGGUUUGUGUGGGUGACUCAGAUGAACCAUUUGCCCAUGGAGAUUGAUCACGAGAGGCGUCAGGAAUGGUUGACCACACAGCUCCAGGCCACUUGUAACAUUGAACAGUCCUUCUUCAACGACUGGUUCAGCGGACACCUCAACUUCCAAAUUGAACACCAUUUGUUUCCCAGAAUGCCUCGUCACAGUUAUCACCUGGUGGCUCCACAGGUGCGAGCACUCUGUGAGAAGCAUGGAGUUCCUUACCAGAUAAAAACUUUAUGGAGGGCCAUGUCUGAUGUUGUCAGCUCGCUGAAGACCUCAGGGGAUCUCUGGCUGGAUGCAUACCUCCAUAAAUGACAAACUUCACCUUAAAGAAGUCCCGUUCUGUUUCCAUCUUCACAAAAUCCAUCCAAUUAAACUGUGUUUUUCUUAUAAACAUUAGAAUUAGUCCAAAUCAUUAAAGUUGUUGUAAUUUAAGCAUGUUGAUCGAUGUAUUGAAGAACAAAUUUACUACCACUGAUUUGACACAUCCAAGUAACUAUAUAGAUAAGUAUCAUAGGAUCUAUUCAAUUAACUUCCUGGAUAUGUUUGUGUUAAACCUCUAACUUAAGCUACUAUUACCAGUUUAUGUUCUAUUAGUACUCAAAUAAACACUGCUUUGA